AAGGACGCGUAACAGAUGCUUCCUUUCGUUUCAGAGACGUUCGAUAAGCAGCAGGCAAACACCAUCUUCUGGAGUCCCCAAGGACAGUUUGUGGUGCUGGCCGGCCUGAGGAGCAUGAAUGGCGCCUUGGCGUUUGUUGACACUUCGGACUGUACGGUCAUGAACAUUGCAGAACACUACAUGGCCUCCGACGUGGAGUGGGAUCCGACUGGGCGUUACGUCAUCACCUCUGUGUCCUGGUGGAGCCAUAAGGUGGACAACGCUUACUGGCUGUGGACUUUCCAAGGGCGUCUUCUGCAGAAGAAUAACAAAGACCGCUUUUGCCAGCUGCUGUGGAGACCCCGGCCCCCAACACUCCUGAGCCAGGAUCAGAUAAAGGUCUGGUGUCCCAGCAGUUUGAGGGGGCGUGGAAGUAAAAGGAAAAGCUUUCUUUUGUCACUGUCAGGGUGGUCUGAGCGAGGAAUAGAAACGUGACCCUUUGAAAAGAUGCAAGAACAGUAGGAACCCAAGUG